GCCGUUUACGGUGUGGUGUUUCGCUUUUGCGGCCUCGAGACGGAGGAACUAUUCUGCUCGUUUUCUUCGCUUGGUUUCGUGCUGAUUCGUUGGCGCAUCCGAGAGCGGGAAGUCGAGGCAGCGCGAAAAGGAGAGGGCGAUGACGGCGGAGGAGGGCGGAGGGGCGAGCGCCGAGAAGGGGUCGCCGCCAGAGAAGGCGAGGGACGACGCGGAGGUCGUCUCCGUCGAGCUCCCGGCGCCCACCGGGUGGAAAAAGAAGUUCAUGUUAAAUGAGGAUGGAAGUCCAAGAAGGAAUGAGAUCGUCUUCAUAUCACCAACUGGCGAGGAGAUUAAGAGUAAACGACAAUUACAGCAAUACUUGAAGACUCACCCUGGAGGGCCCUCAUCAUCUGAAUUUGACUGGGGAACUGGUGACACCCCAAGACGUUCAGCAAGAAUUAGGGAGAAAGCCAAGGCUGUGGAAACCCCAGAAGACGAAAAGCCAAAGAAGCGAGAAAGGAAAUCAAGCUCAAAGAAAGGAGCAAAAGAAAAGAAAGAUGGUGGAGAUGCAGCGGAUGGAACGUCAGAGAUGAAGGAGGAUGUCACUACAGAAGAAGCGAAAGUGCCUACUGAUGUGGAAAUGAAAGAAGCUGAUGACGAUGUGAAUAAGGUGGAAGGCGAGAAUGUUGCAGUGGGGCUUUCGGCUGAUGAGGGUGUCACUGAAGAGGUUGCAGUGAACAAGGAUCCUGCCAUUGAAGUUAUAAAUGAAGAUGCACCACAGCAAGAUAAUUCCCUCCUCAAAACCAAUGGAAGUGUUGAAGAGAAAACUGACACUACUUUGGAGAACAAUGGGGAAGCAGAUGACAAACCAGCUGACAAUGAGGUACCACCUCCAUCUGACCACCACAAAGAGGCAUCAGCUGCAAAGGAGAACCAGGAUGGAGAGAUUCUAUCAGAGAAAAGCAGUCACAAGGAGGAUGCUGGUGCCGUUGUCAUGAAGGAAGUCCCUUCGGCGACAGAUGGGCAACAUCUGCCUAAGACCUCUCCUGUUAACUGUUGAAACUCACAAAUGCUCGGAUGUACCAUUAUGUCAUUUAGUUGUAGGCCUUUGUAUGAACUUGUAGUUGGUAUAAGUGGGCGGUUGCAGACACUCGAUCAUGGCAACCGGAACUCACCAUCCUGUGUAAACUACUAAGUGGUUUAGUCUUUUGUCAUGCUUUGUAUGUAUCAUUUGAACAGGUUCCAGUAGAAUCUGUCAACAGAAGAACUAAUUUGUGACUCA